AUGGAUGUUUCUGAUCUAGUAGAAUCGACAACACAUGCUUCGCCGUCACCUGAUGGUCAUUAUAUCGCUGGCUUAACACCCGACCAUCUAUACGUCUACUACGCAUCAACUCUAACCAUCGCAUCCUCCUUUCCCAUCGACAACUCAACCGCACCGACCACACGAUCCACAGAAGCGCCUGUGAUUCAUUGGACGCCCUGUUCGCUGUCCGUCAUUCUCCAGACCAGCAGCCAUGUAUCACUUUACAGUCUAGCAAAUACUUCCAGUCGUGUCAAGAUCGCCAACGGAAGUGCUAGCUUGGGUAGAAUCGCUAUUGUGGACGUUUUUGGCGAAGACGUGGUUGUGGUGUGGGAAUUUGGCAGAGUUGGCAUUUUUGAGGUAGGAAGAGGACGAGUCACAGAAAUUGGAGAGUUGAAGACAGGGAUUGGGAGUCUGAAGGCUGCGUGGGGGAUCAGAAGAAUCAAGGGAAAAGCUGAAGUACUUGCGAUGUUGUGUCGUACUUCGGCCACAGAUAUUCUGUCGUUGGUCCUGUCUUCAUCCACUACACCUUUCACGACGAUAAGUCUACCGACAACGGACGCUCAGUCACUGGCUUGGAGUCCUUCUGGCAAAUGGAUCAGUAUACUUGACACACCGCUCAGUGCACCAGGUUCUGCCAUACACAUAUACACUACAGAUGGCAACUAUUACCGCAGCUAUCCUUCAACGACCUCAACACCUUCUGAAGAGACUUACACACUUGGUCCUCUGCGUCAAUCUUGGGGCCCCAACCACCUUGCUCUCGCCAAUGCGGAUGGCAGUAUAACUAUCCUCUCUACCACAACUUUCUCCCCUAUUCACACAUUGGAUCCGUGGGCUAUGGUAGAAGAAGACACAAGUGCUGUAUACCGCGAGCAAGUGAGCAGUAAGGGCGACCGUAAUUGGGCUUAUCUCGGAAAUAGCGACGACACAACAUCUCAACUUCUAUCAUCUUACUCACCAGCCCUAGAGAUGAAACUCGACGCUACUGGCAGGUAUCUUGCUUUCCGUCUCGAAGCUUUCCCUGAAACGGUACUUGUGUGGACACUACCAUCGUCCAAACCCAUCUUUGCUUCUCAAACCCAAAACACUACUAUGGCGGAAGAUGAAGCAGAAAAGUACGAUGAUCGAGGCAGUCUGAUUGUCUUCCACCAUCACACCACAAUCAAGAAACUGCAAUGGCAUCCCACAAUCUCCGGCCUCCUACUCACCCACACAGAAGACAAUCAAAUCUACCUCUCCUCCACCGUAGGAGAAAUAAAUGCACCUCUCCACAUUACUCAUCCUUUCAGCACCUCUGCAUCAUCAUCGACAUCCUCAACCACAGUAACCGAGCUCAUAAACAUCCACUGGGCAACCUCCUCCACAAUUCUCAUAACGACAAAACGACGUGGUUGGAUUCUUGCUUACCCCUUUGGCGCUCCUUCUCCUCCUUCAUCACCGGCGGAACCGCAGUUUUCGGCUGAUGUGGUGGGAUCGGAAGAGCAAGGAGAUAAUGAAGAAGAUUCUUUGUAUGACAUUCUCAGUGGAAGGACGCCAUUGCCUGAAUUAAGAAUUUCUGACGAGUUACCUGUGGAUUCAGAGGAUGAAGGAGAGAAAGAGCAGGGGUUGCAGGACACAUUCAGGGGCAAAGGGACGGCGGGGACGAUUGGAAGUUUUGAGUAUUGA